ACAAAGUAACCUUUGUGAUCCGUGGUAAACAGUUUGGUUUGUUUGGUUAUGUGUGCUUGUACAAAGUUUAUUUGCAAGUAAACUUUUAUGUGUGUUUUCUUUGGAUUUUUCAAACUCACGAGAUAAAAAAUUGGAAGAACAGUACAUGGAAAUGGAAAGAACAGCUGUCAGCUGCAAAAUAAGUGACUUUGUGUGGGCCAAAGUAAUCGGUUACAGCUACUGGCCAGGCUUAAUUUUACAGCCGGACCGUCUUGCGCCACCCAAAAACAAAAGUGACAUGGAAUGGGUGUAUUUUUUCGGUUCGCAGAACUAUGCCUGGGUGCCGAUCAAGUAUAUCAAGCCUUACAGCGAGUUUAAAGAGAAGUUCGGGAAGAAAUGCCCUCAAGGGGUCUUGGAUGCCAAAUACGAACUGCGGAAGCACAAAAAAAGAUUAACAGCGAAUCCGGAUUAUGUACUCACUAUUGCAAAAUUUAUGCCGAAAGAAAUGCGAGCGCGUAGCAAAAGCGUGUCGAAGUCUUCUAGAUCUGUUGUGGAUGAGCAGGAGCACUACUUAAUCCCAGAGCCCCGAAUUGGAGUGUUAGCUGGCAACAUUAACGCAGAAUCAAUUAUCAAGGCGCUGAUUUCCUUUAAACAUAAAAUGACAAUUUGGAGCGAAAGCGAGGCAUUGUGUAUAGAUAUGAAGCAAGAGGCCGCUGAGGCACACACUACUUGUUACGUUUAUAAAGAGCCAAGAGAUGUGGUCAGAACCGCUGAUAUCAUUUUCAGCUUACUGGCCAGCAAAGCUGAGGCCAUCCGUAUGCUCGAAAAGUUCGGCUACAAAAAUGAUAACGACUACCUUUUAAGUGGGAAAAUUUAUAUUGAAAUGACCACGAUCGACCGCGAAACCUCCUCAGCAAAUGCGAAAAUUUUCAGUGCCAAAGGAGUGACUUAUUUCGAAUUCAUGAUCGAUGGCACCAAACAGGACAUUGGGAAAGGCCUCGUAUUAGUAGGCGGGAAUUGCGACCAGUUUAAAGCCACAAUUGAGAGGUUAAAAUCGUGUUUAAAGGCUCUUGGCAAGUCCUGGUACUUUGUGGAAAACCCGCAAGUCUUCGUAAUCUUCCAAAUGAUGAAAGCCAUAUUCCUGGCUGGUUUCACAGAAAUCUUGGCGCUUGCAGACAAAAGCGUUGACUUGAAUGUUUUCUUUGAACUCUUCAGGAACUCCCCCCUACACAAUCACUAUUUCGAGCGUGUUUGCGAUAAAGUUGAAAACAAUACUUACUUCGACGUUCAAGAAUCGCUUCCGUGCCUACAGCAUGGUCUACAGCGGAUGUUAGAAUUAUGCAAUGUAUGGAAACAACCAGCUGGCUUGACGUCCACAGCAAAUCAGCUCUACAAGCACGCCAGACGCAUGGGUUUGGACGAGGCGGAUUCUUCAGCAAUGUUUCUUCGAGCGAAAUAGCAAGUAAUCAUUCCUGAUUUAUUAUUAGUCUAGAUUUAAUCGAAGUAAAGUUUGAUGGAAUAUAGAAAGAUUUCAUACAAUUUAUCAAUAACA